ACCGUAUGAAAGGGCAGGAGUUUCAAGUGUUCCAACAGUCAAAGGCGGAAAAUUCUAAGAACUCGAAUAUUGUGUGAAAACGAAACAAACACGCAAAACGAAAAUUAUUGGACUGAAAACAAGAUGUGCGAUAACAACAAGGAACGUUACGUAAUUGUACGUUUUAUAGACGAUAACUCAAAUUCUAGUAAACUUCUUGAUUUGGUCCCACUCUCAUGGGUGCACGGAGAUGAACAGAACGGAUAUACCUGCCUAUACCCAGGUUCAUGCGAUUACGAGCACAUGGACAGCUGGUUAUUAUCAUUGAAAGAGCCCGAGCAACAUUGGGAAUCUUUUACAAUAGAAGUCAUUGCAUACGCAAAAGACUUGAAACAAGGGAAAAGGCGACUCAAGCGAGCCUUUAAGUCCGAUGAAAUUAAAUGCACUGAUGAAGACGGAUGUGAUGAAGGCCAACUUAUUAAAAUGUCCACAGAUGUCCUCGAAGAAAGAUUGAAUGCUGUAAAACCCUUAAAACACUGGAGUAAGCCUUCUUCGGCAUCAGUAAAUUCGGCAUUAGUAAACCAGCCAAAAACGAAGAACAAUUCAGCAUUGUUCCGAAUUUUAAUUGCUGGUGAUACAGUCGUAAAAGACAGUAUUGCUAAAACUUUAGAAUCAGUGAUGGUCAAAGCGGUCGAAUUGCAAUAUUCGGGAACUGGAAAA